AUGAUAUCACGGUCUAAGAAUCAGCCUUUGAUCCAGAAGCAGGAGUACUCCCACGAACAGUACCGAAUAAAUCUCUCAAGCACCCUGAUUAAGCUGUCAAUAAAUUGCAAUACCGCGCUCGCAUUCGCUACCGCGAUUAGACGAACCCUUGCAAAGAUAGCAAAUUAUAGAUCGCCUCGACGAGAUCAAAGGAUUGUACUCGACCGUGUUUACGAUGGAAGCUACGCGGCGCAGAUUUAUAGAGGCCCGUGUCACCUGCCAGCCGCAACACUAGCUGUGGAGGCUGUCAGAGGAUAUUUAACCUUCGAUGGGUGGAAUAGAGUGGAAUUUACGAAGACCUCGCUCGGGUGUGAAGUGGACAGCCGGAGACAGCCGAUCCGACGGCCACCGUGA